ACUUUAAUAUCUGCACAAAGCAAAUGACUGGGCCUGGAUGGCUGUGACGCUUUACAGGAGGGAGGAUCACAAGCUCUGUUUAAUGUUUAAACUUUCAACAUCCUCUCACAGGAAGGUCACCCACACAUCCUCAAGAAAGCUGGUUUCGUUUUGAGAAAAAAUAUCUGCAGAACUGCGAGUCCACAACCAACAGAAAGGUAUGGCAGUCCAACAACAGAUUACCACAGUGGUGUCGCACACAGCACACUCUUCUGGCACAUGGACCACAGGCAUCUGUGACUGCUGCUCUGAUAUGAGCACUUGUUGCUGUGGUCUGUGGUGUUUCCCAUGUAUGCAGUGUCAGACUGCUUCUCAGUUCGGCUGGUGUUUCUGCAUGCCCCUUCUGGACUGCUGUCUGGCUGUCUCCUGCUGCCUUCGCAGCAAGAUGAGAGAACGCUACAGCAUUCAUGGUUCAUGCUGUGAUGACUGCUGUACUGUGUGUUUCUGCUACACCUGUGCCUGGUGCCAAAUGGCACGUGAAAUUAAGAUUCGUGCUCGAGCUGGCACUGGUGCCACUGUUAUCACUCAGCAGGUUAUGGGCUAGCUGAACCUUUGCUGUUUGAAAGUUCAAAUGCUAAACCUGAGCAUUUAGAAUUUAAAGUUUAGUGCAUAUUGCUUACUUUUAUUUUGAUUUCUUAAGUUCUGAUCACACAAUAACAAAAGUACAUAUAAAUAGAUGCUUUCUGUUAUGUUAACCAGUCUGUUAAGUAAAUGACUUUGAUAUAUUGCUUUUGCUUAGCAUGUUCCCCCUUGCAAUGUUUAUAAUUUGAUAAAUAAAGCAUACAACUUGUACUAAAGCCUUUUUAAAAAAAAUUGUUUUACUAUUGAAUCAUAUGUUUUGCUAAUUCCACUAAAAGAUUUUUACCUUUCUUC